UCCAUCAUUAUUUUUUUUUUAUAGGAUCAACAACUUUCGUUGAGAAAAAAAAUGAAAGAAUAUAAAGACAUAAAAAAAAACACAUCUUCUAAAGGAAGGGAUUCCAACUAAGUAAUAUGUUACCUAGAGAAUAAUUAGAAAAAGACUUCGUCCUUGUCCCAACCUCCGAACACUCUGUUGUUCAUUUCUCCUCAAAUAUAUCAUAACAUAGCACACGUCCUAGCUAACCACAAGAAACGACCACACUCUGAAAGGCAAGUGGGGGAGGAACUACCCGAUCACCGCAUGACUAUCCCUUGGGCCAACAAUCUGUACAUCAAACUCCUAUAGGAAGCAACUCAACAGAGUCCCCCACAACAAUGUGUAAGACCACCAAUAAUUCACACGUAUAAGAGAAAGGGUAAAAGGGUAAAUGUUCAGGAAAUUAAUGAGAGAGAAUAGUUUGAAGAAAAAGAAAAGAAAAGUAGGGAGAGGUGGGGCCCGCGGGAAGGAAUGUGAGGAGGGCUAUUUAUAGAGCUUCUAGGGUUUAGUGUAGGCAGGUUAUUUUUAUCUCUUUUUUGGUGUAAAGGCUGCUGUAGCCGACCAGGGUUAUUCCAGCUCCAUAGAGAGGAGUUGGUAGGUUUCUUUUCCAUCGUUUUCUUUAUUACUGUUAUAUUGGGCUGUUGAAUCAUCUUUUGGCUUAUAUAUAAAUAAAGAUCAGCAGAGUACUGUUUCUGUUUAGCUACUGUUGGGGUAAUUUUCUGUGUUAUUUAGUUAGUACCCUUACAACUGGUAUCAGAGCUUUCGAAACUGGGGGUUGUUACGCGCGCAAUGGCUCAACGGCAAGUAGAAGAACGAGUGGAGGGGACAGAGAAAGAGAUCUUGGGACUAAAAGAGAUGAUGUUAGAAAUGAAGAAAGCAUUGGAUAAAAUGGCAGAAGAGAUGAGGGAAAGUAAUAGUUACAAAAAGAGGGAGGAAUCAGGUACAUCCGACGAAUCCGUGCUGAAACUCAAGGGAAAAAUGGGAGAAACUGAAGCUGCAACAAAAGGGAACAAUGCAACAGUGGAUCGUAGUAAAUAUAGAAAGCUGGAAAUGCCAAUGUUCUCAGGGGAGAAUCCGGAAUCAUGCGUCUAUUGAGCUGAACAUUUUUUUGAGAUCAACAACUUGCCAGAAACAGAAAAGGUGAAGGUAGCUGUGGUCAGUUUUAGGCAAGACGAGGUUGACUGGUACAGGUGGAGUAAUAACUGCAAGAAGGUAGAAUCCUGGGAAGAUUUGAAGGAAAGAAUGUUUGCGUUCUUUCAAGAUUCGGGCCAGAAAAAUUUGGGUGCUAGGCUGAUUCGCAUCCAACAAGAGGGGACAUAUAAUGAGUAUGUAAAGAAGUUUGUUAACUACUCAGCCCCACUACCCUACAUGGCCGAAAGUGUUUUGAGAGAUGCUUUUGUAACUGGGCUAGAACCUGCACUCCAGGCAGAAGUAAUUAGUAGACAUCCACAGACCUUGGAAGAAUGUAUGAAAGAGGCACAGCUUGUGAAUGAUCGCAAUCUGGCAUAAAGAUUGGCAAGAGCAGAGUUUGGGUUAAUAGUACCAAAAGGCAUUGAGAGUAGUACGAGCGAGACUCAAGGGGGAAUGGAGAAAGGCCCUCAAAGGAAGACCGAAUUCCAGAUGAAACAAAUCACCAUUCCAAUUAAGGGAAACUACCAGAAAAACGAUCCACCAGUCAAAAGACUAUCAGAUUCGGAAUUUCGAGCAAGACUAGAUAAGGGCUUAUGUUUUACGUGUAACGACAAAUACGCCCCUGGCCACAGGUGCAAACUGAAGGAAAAAAGAGAAUUGAUGCUUUUCAUUUGCAAUGAAGAAGAAGGCGGGAAUGAGGGAGAAAAUUCGGAAGAAAAUACAGAGGAAAUAGUGGAGCUGAAAAAAAUGGACCUCAUAGAAGGGGAGGAGGUUGAGCUUCGAACUAUCACCAGCUUGUCAUCAAAAGGGACUAUGAAGCUGAUGGGAAUGGUUAAAGGGAAAGCAGUAACAGUGUUGAUAGACAGCGGGGCGACGCACAACUUUAUUCACCAAACACUAGCAGAAGAAAGACACAUAUUAAUAGAUGAGGACACUUCGUUUGGAGUCACAAUUGGCAAUGGCACCAAGUGCAAAGGAAAAGGGGUGUGUAAGAGAGUGGAACUGAAGCUGAACACACUGACUAUUGUGGCUGGCUUUUUAGCUGUGGAACUGGGAAGUGUGGAUGUGGUAUUGGGAAUGCAAUGGUUAGAUACCACAGGAACUAUGAAGGUCCAUUGGCCCUCACUGACCAUGACGUUUCAAGUGGGAGAGAAACAAAUCACUCUCAAGGGAGAUCCAACCCUCAUUAAAGCUGAAUGUUCACUGAAAACGUUGGGAAAAACAUGGGAAGAUGACGACCAAGGGUUCCUCCUUGGCUUCCAAAAUUACGAAACGGAAGUAGAAAAUGAAUACAAAGAGGAACAGGAAGUGAAAGGGGACGAGGAAAAUUUACCAUUGAUUAAGGCAUUAUUAAGACAAUACGGUGUCAUCUUUGAAAUAUGAAAAGGCUUACCCCCAAAAGAGCUAUUGACCAUCGGAUAUUGACUCUCCCUGGACAGAAACCGAUUAUCGUCCGCACUUAUAAAUACGGCCAUGUGCAGAAAGAAGAAAUUGAGAAGUUAGUCACAGAAAUGCUUGCAGCCGGAGUUAUUAGACCGAGUCAUAGCCCUUACUCCAGCCCAGUCCUAUUAGUAAAGAAGGAAGAUGGGGGUUGGAGGUUCUGUGUAGAUUAUAGGAAGCUGAACCAAGUUACAACUUCUGACAAAUUUCCCAUUCCAGUCAUAGAAGAAUUACUAGAUGAACUGCAUGGAGCUACUGUUUUUUCGAAGCUUGAUCUGAAAUCAGGAUACCACCAAAUCAGAAUGAAGGAGGAAGACAUAGAGAAGACGGCUUUCAGGACGCACGAGGGACAUUACGAAUUUAUGUUUAUCACGGAAAAUAUUCCCAACUUUCCUGCCACUUGUCGAAUCGUUGAUGAUGCCAGUUCCAAAAUUUCCUUAGCCCGUGGGGCUGCCAAAGUUGCACGUAGUUGUGCUUCUGUUGCUCGUGAUCGUGCUUCUACUGCCCUCUGCAUCGACAAGGCCAAUGCUGCUCGUGCUGCUGCUGACGCUGCUGCGGUUGUCGCUGAUGACGCUGCAGAUGCUGUCGAUGCUGCGACCAAUUGUAUUGCCGCUGGCAUUGCUGCUAUUAGUCACACUAAAGCUGUCGAUGAUUAUGAAGCUGCCAACACUUUAUAUAUCAACCACCCAGAGUAUUAUGCUGCUCUAGUGACGGCUAGUGAGGAAGCUUGUGCUGCCAGUCGUGCAGCCAAAUUUGCUGCCAAAGAGGCUUAUGGUUCCAAGUAUGCCGUUAUCGCCGCUGGCAGUAGGACCCUAAAAAGAAACAUGGAGGCGAAAGAAAUCUCCACAGGCACGAAGUCUAAAGAUGAUGCACGUCCAACAAAGGAACCAAAGAAUUCCGAGGACUAUUCAGGCACGAAGUCUAAAGAUGAUGCACAUCCAACAAAGGAACCAAAGAAUUCCGAGGGGAAAAAGGUUCUCACGGAAAAUACUUCCAAUUUUCCUGCCACUUGUCGAUUUGUUGCUGAUGGCCGUUUAAACGCUUCCUUGGCCCGUUGGGCUGCUAAAAUUGCACGUAAUCGUGCUUCUGUUGCUCGUGAUCGUGCUUCUACUGCCCUCUGCAUCGACAAGGCCAAUGCUGCUCGUGCUGCUGCUGACGCUGCUGAUGCUGCUGCUGUUGUCGCUGAUGACGCUGCAGAUGCUGUUGAUACUGCGACUGAUUGCAUUGCCGCUGGCAUUGUUGCUUUUAGUCACACUAAAGCUGUCGAUGAUUAUGAAGCUGCCAACACUUUAUAUAUGAACCACCCAGACUAUUAUGCUGCUCUAAUGACCGCUAUUAAGGAUGCCGGUGCUGCCAGUGGUGCAGCCAGAUCUGCUGCCGAAGAGGCUGAUGCUGCCAAGUAUGCCCUUAUUGACACCGGCAAAAGGACCCUAAAAAGGUGAUAGAAUGUCUCCAAACUAUUUGUCAAAAUUCUCUUUUGCUGCUCAUACUGCCGUUUUCAUUAGCUUUAAAAAUCCAAAUUUUGAAGCCUUUAUAUUAAACCUUCACAAUUAGUUUCAAUAGGAUGGCUGAUCUCAGGACCCACAAAAGUCGUCCUUCGAAAGAUACUUUUUUUUAAUUUAUUGUUAAUUAAAAUGCAAGAAUUGUGAUGGUUUCUAUAUCAAUCCUAAAAGAAACAUGGAGGAGAAAAAAUUGGUCCUUAGACUUACUUCUUUACGUUUAAUAAACUCUCCACAGUUAGUUUCUACUUUAUUUUCUCGAACAAAAAGAAAAUCUCUAGUUAUAAGAUUCAAGCUAUAGAAACCCACCACUUCUACUGGAGUCUUUGUUUGUCUAAAAUAGAAGUUAUUAGGAGGAAAUUGCUCUGUGGAUGUUUUAAGUACAGCUUAUUAUGGAAUACAUAAAGCAAUUUGCCUUUUAUUCCUUAUUGUAAGAAUCAACUACUCAUCGGAUACUAUGAAGCUUAUACUUUCCUUCUAUUUUUAUGAUUUUAAAGAUUAUGCUGAUGUCUUAGUUUAUUAAGAGGAGUGACGAUAGAGUACUCUUAAUCAAUAUUAUCUGUACAUAUUUUAUGAGAUGGAAUCUGAAUUUACCCACGCGUAAGAGUGGCAAAGGAUUCAUGGUCUAUGAAACUGAAUUUGAGUUUAUCAAUAUAUACAUUCUGAUCUAUUCAAUGGAA